CUUUCUCAAUUAUAACUUGCCACCCACCAUUGACAUGAAUACCGCGUGUUCUCGUAGUCUUUCUCGCCGAAAAAUCCAACAAAAAUACUCGAAGAAUUUCUCAUAUCAUCUGAUAUAUGAUAAUUGAUAAUUAAGCAGCAGAACCCCAAACAUCAAACUUCGAAUUUUCAGGUUUUCUGUUCAUCAUCGCCAACAUAAUCAUCAACCUCUCUCACUGUCUCAAGGCAGUAAAGGACAUUUGAUUUGGUAUAUUCAUACGGAGGUGAGAGGUGAGAUAGAGAGGGUCUACUGGUUCGCAGAGCCAUUGUAACUUCUGCGGGCCUCAAAUCCUCUCUGAUUCUUUGUUAAAGCUAGAGUAUCAUCAUCAUCAUCAUCAUCAUCAUCAUCAUCAUCAUCAUGGGUUCCGUUUGUUGCUGCUUGCGUGAUGAAUGUGAAGAUUAUGUUAAUCCCAAUAGUUCCAUUUACAGAAACUGCAUCUGUCUUCGAUGCUUUCUUCAAAAUUUCUUAUAUAUGUACGCAUCAUUAUUCCAAAGAGGGGAAGAACAUGUGAGGCUUCCAAGCCCUAAUUCCAUUCAAGGGACAACAACAUCUUUUAGUUCAUCAGCAUCACUUGACGAUUCUUUAUCUGGGGUGUACAGAUCACCUCCUAGACCUUUACCUUAUGAUGUUGAUCCUAGGUAUAUUCGUCUUCAGAGAGAUGGACUUGUUUCUAGAAGGGAGAAGGGCUCAAGUCGUUCACAGGAAGAAGGUGAACCAUUAAGAGGAAGUGAUAGUGAUACAGAAACAGAUCCUUUAUGUGCUGCUGGAAACAAAUGGAAUAAUAACAGCUCCACUUGUGAAGAUGGAGCAAAAGGGUUACAGACAAAAUCUUCUUUAAAGGUUUCAAACACAAAAGAGUCAACUGGAUAUGCACAUAUUUUUUCUUCAUCCGAAGAUGAAGACGUUUGUCCAACAUGUCUUGAAGAAUAUACUACAGAAAACCCUAAGAUCGUUACAAAGUGUUCGCACCAUUUUCACCUUGGUUGCAUAUACGAGUGGAUGGAAAGAAGUGACAGCUGCCCUGUUUGUGGCAAGGUGAUGGCAUUUGAUGAGGAGACUGUUUAGGCUUUUUAACAUGAAGUGUUGCUGCUAUAAAUAUAAUCGCGGCCACAAAAGAAAUGAAGAUGAUAAAGAAACCAAGAAAACAGCUUGUAAAUUCUUUGUGAAUACCCACCCGCAUGUUACCUGUGUUCUUUUUUAUUAUCAUGUAUAAAAAUGGAUUAAUUGUUCGAUAUAAUUUCACACGUUCUCUUACACUCA